AUGGCAUACAAUCCGCGAAUGAGCAUUAUUCCGACCUCGCAGCAGCAGUCGCGCACGCGGAAGAAGGAGGAGGAGGCUGAUGCUUUCAUGCGCCUCCCUGACCGCGAAAUCGUAGGCUGCAUUACAGACAUCGGAAUCAACUUUACCGUUGCAGAUCUUCAGAAGCCAAAUGCAGCCCAUGUUCAGGCAAUUUUCGAAUGGUUCGCCGAGCUUCUUCUUAAUGCGACGCGCGAGACUGUCGAGCCGGCCAUGCGUGCUGCUGCCGAAGAUAUUGUGGGAGAGUACUCGGAUGUCAUCCCUCCGGACACUCGCAACCUGAUGGGCUUCUACGUGUCGCUCCGCAGGCUGUUAUUUGAGUGUGGCAUUACCGAUUUCAGUUUUAACGACUUGUACAAACCUACAUAUGACCGCCUCGUCAAGAUAUUCAGCUAUUUGAUCAACUUUGUUCGGUUUCGCGAGUCCCAAACCGCUGUUAUCGACCAGCAUUACAAUAAGGCUGAAUCAACAAAAACCCGCAUCGAGACACUGUAUGCAGAGAACCAGGAGAACGAGGGCCGACUUGAAGAUAUGAAACACAACCGCAAAGCAAUGGAGGCACAAGUCCGAGAAAAGGCAAUGAGGAACGAAGAACUCAAGAAAAGGCUGCUUGAGCUUCGACGAAACCAGGAAAGAGUCGCUGCACGCCUCGAGGAGGCCAAGCAAAAGAAGGGCGAGCUCACUGCUGUAUUGGAGCAAAAGACCCACGAAAAAGUCACUCUGAAACAAGAAAGCACCAAGCUGCGACCUUAUGUGCUCCAGAGCGCAUCGGAUCUUCAGGAGAACCUGGCUGAGCUGCGUGAAAUCCUCAACAAUGACAAAUCGCAUAUCGACGCUUUGGAUCGAAGAGCCCGAGCACUUCAAACUUCGACGGAUUCUUUCUCCGUCGUCUCAACCGACGUUGCGUCAUGCAUCAAGAUCCUUGAUGAGAUUGCUUCAGAACUUGCCAAAGAGGAGGAGGAACUGGCACGCAAUGCUAAGCAACGUGAUGCUCUCUCAGAGCGCGGUAACAACGCGCGUGAAGUUGAGCGUACCGAGACUAUGCUGAAGCGCCAAUUGUCCAAGUGGAUGGAGAGAACUGAAAAGCUCCGCGAGCAAAGCAACCACAAGGCUCAUGAGGCCAAGGAGAAGAUGCAUGAGCUUCGAGCAGUUCACAAACAUCUCACUGAGGAGCACACGGAGAAGGGCAAGGAGAUGGAGGUCCGACGUGUCAGGAUUGAACAAACUGAAAAGAAGAUGCUUGACUUGAAGGAGAACAUUGAGAACGAGGUUCACAGUGCUCAUGAAGAGUACCGCAAGAUGGAGGCACAUAUCAAGCUGUACAUUGCUGAGAUGGAGCAGGCAAUUGCUUAG